AUGGACCCUCAGCGUAUCCCUCACCAGUACUGGAGGGACCGCCUUUCCAAGGCCCGAGCCAUGGGUCUCAACACCAUAUUCACCUACAUCUUCUGGAAUAAUCUCGAGCCAACUCAGGGUCUCUGGUUAUCUGAUGAUCCGCAGAAUGACGUGGCCGAAUAUUUUAGAAUUGCUCAGGAGGAAGGUCUGAAUGUUGUGCUUCGACCAGGUCCUUAUAUUUGUGGUGAGCACGAUUGGGGAGGCUUCCCCGCCUGGCUCAGUGAAAUCCCUGGCAUGGUUGUGCGCACGAACAACACCCAAUUCAUGGAGGAAACCAAAAAGUAUAUCGUGAAUCUGGCGGAGAAGUCAGGCCUCGCAGAUCUACAGGUCUCACGUGGUGGCCCGAUACUUAUGGUCCAAGUUGAAAACGAAUAUGGGUCCUUUGGCGAGAAUCAUAAUUAUACUGCCUCAGUGAGAGACAUCCUCUUGGAGAGUUUUGAGGUUCCACUUUACACAAACGACGGAGGUGACUCUUGGCCUCUUGAAGGUGGUUAUGUCCCGGGAGUGCUUGCGGCAGUUGACGGUGGUUCAUGGGCGCUGCCGGCUCGCGACCUGUACAUCAAAGACCCUACAUCCCUUGGGCCAUUAUUGAACGGAGAUCAAUGGGGAUCCUACAAUCCGCACAACACUACAGUUGGAAACGACGACGCUGUUGCAGGAAUCUUGAGCGAUAUUCCUUACCACUUGCACAACUAUUCCGCAUCUAUCAGCUUUUAUAUGUUUCACGGGGGCACAAACUUUGGCUUCGAGAAUGGGGCUUUGUGGCAGAAUCGCACCACUGUCUUCACCAACUCUUAUGACUAUGGCUCACCACUAGAUGAGACGGGCCGCACAACGGAUCUCUACUUCAAGAUGCGAGACGCAAUCAUUCCGUUCCUAGACGGGGAGGCCAUUCCAGAGCCACCAGAAAACCUGCCGAGGUCCACAAUCCCUGAGUUCUCGCUCUGUCCUGCCACUAGUCUUUUUGAAGCCCGAGGCAAAAAGACAACUGCCUCUUCGCCUCUAACAAUGGAAGCGCUUGGCCAAUCCUACGGGUUUACGUUGUAUGAGCACACCGCGGUCUGCAAAAUUCAAGGCUCUAUCAAUGCCGGCGAUCGCCCUCGCGAUCGGAUUUUAGUUUACGUGAACGAGAGGAUCGCUGGGGUCAUGGAUAGCCAAUACCAACACCCACUGAACGUGAGCGUGUCACUGAAGCCUGGUGACAAGUUGCAGUUACUCGUCGAAAAUCUGGGACGUGUCAACUACUACUCGCGGGGGAACCCUUAUAAAAACUACCUGCAAGAUCCUUGGAAGGGUAUCAAGGGAGAUGUCUCCAUUGACGGGACGGUGCUGAACGGCUGGGACAUGUAUUCGAUGCAGCUCGACACGUUGCCAUUUGGAGAAUGCAAGCGUUCCCUCGAUGGAGAUCAUCGCUCGACAGACUCACCGCUCUUAUAUCGUGGUUCAUUUGUCGGUCCACAAAUACAGCAAAACUCAUCUAUGACGCUAGAUACUUUCGUCGCUGUUCCAAAUGGCAUCAAGGGAAAUGUGUGGGUAAACAACUUCCAUCUGGGCCGAUACUGGUUAGUUGGGCCUCAACAGUCAUUGUACCUUCCAGGGACCAUCGUGAAACCUGGAGAAGUCAAUGAGGUCGUGAUUUUGGAACUGGAACCUUGGCAGAUGAACACAACUUCAAUGGUAGCAUACGGUGAAUCGGAGAGGUUUUGGGGCAACAACCCGGACCCGGACUGUCUAGUCUGUGUAUAA